AUGUCUCGGCAAACUGUCUGGGUCACCACGAUGAAUCCGAAGCAAUUCGUCUUCAGCCUGUUCAACGUCGUCAAGAAGGAGGGUGGCGACAACCACCUCGAGUUCGACUGUCUCAAGAAGAUAGCUAGACAAGUCCACAAGAACCUGCAUCAGUCUUCCAUACCCUUCAAGCCGCUCGACCCCGACCGCGCGACUGACUUGCAGGCCGGCCGUCGCCUCCGCCAUUCCAUGGCCUUCCUCAAGGGAAAGGCGCAUUUCGCAAAGCUCCAGACUGUCAUUUCUAGGUCUGCGCCUGCUCCUGACGAGACGCGCUUCGGAGGCCCCCGCAACACCUAUCAGUCCUUCUAUGCGCCCAACACCAACGACUUGUUCAACAAUGCGCCCGAGACUGUCUACCAUGAGCCGCAGAGUGUUCUUCACCAGGCUUUGGGUGCAUUGCCGUUCGGACCCUAUGUUCGCGAUCGUCCCUUUGUCAACGGCCCUCCUCGAGAUGUUCACACGUCUUUCUCGUGGAGCCCCGACUCGGCCUCGUUCCAGUCCAUGAUUCCGCCGGUCAAGGAAGAGCCCGAGGGCCCGGUGUCGCAGGACGAGCUCAUGGUCGACAACAAGACUGAGGAGUCUGCCUCUGAGACUGCGCCUGCCGACAACGCCUCCUUCAACGAGUCUUUUGCUGCUUUUGAGGAGCACGACUCUGGUAUCGCGUUGGAUGAUGCGCCCGAGACCAAAAUCCAUGUCGCGCUCAACACUGACGGUGUCGCCAUGUCUAAGGACAACGCUGUCAACGUCCACCACGAGGAUGUCAACUACGAGAACACUGUCAGCUCCGAGAACAACGCUGUCAACUUCAACAACAACGCGCGCAACUCCGAGAACAAUGCUUUCGACCACGAGAACAACACUGCCAACUACGAGGGCAAUGGUGUCAACUGCAACAAUGAGGAUAUCGUCUACGAGAACAACGCUGCCGAUUUCAACAACAAAGCCGUCAACUCCGAGAACAAGGCUCGCAACGUCAAGAACAACGCUGUCAACCUCAACAAGGUUGUCAACUUUGAGACCAAGGCCCGCAUCUCCAAGAAUAAGCCUCGCAUCACAAAGGACAAGGCUGUCAGCUUCAUGAAGGCUGUCAACAUCAUGAGCAAGGAUGUCAACUUUGUGAACAACGCUCCCAACACCAACAACAAGCAUGUCAACUACGAGAACACCACUGUCGACUUGGAGGACACUGUCAACUUCGAGAACAGGGCUCGCAUCUCUGAGGACGAGGAUGUCAACUUCAAGAACACUGUCGACUGCGGAAACAAGGAUGCCAGCUACGAGAACAACACUGCCGACUUUGAGAACAGCGGUGUCAACUACGAGAACAACGAUGUCAACAUCCAGGCUGUCGACUAUGAGAACAUCGCUCGCAACUCCAUGAACAAGGAUGUCAACUCCGAGAACAACGCUGCCAACAUCAACGAGGCUGGCAACUCCAGGAUCAAGGCUGUCAACUACGAGAACAACGCUGUCAACUAUGAGACCAACGUCCCCAACUUUAAGAACAACGCUGUCAACGUCAAACAUGCCUCCAACACUCCUCCAGACGCUCACUGCAUUCCGACCAUCAUUGUCACCGACACCGAGGACAGCACCCAAUCCACACCGUCCACACCGUCCACCCCGUCCACCCAGUCCUCUCGGUUCAACAACUCCACGCAAGACACGCAGUACUCGGACGAAUCCAACCCCGCGACCCAGCCAGAGUUCGCCAACCGCCUCAUGGUCGACCCCAAGAAGUUGCUUAGCGUUCCUCGCAAGACGAGGGCCCCCGCCUCCCAAACCUCCCUGCUGCGUCGGUCCCCUCGCAUCACUCGCGCUUACGCCAUGGUCGAUUUGGUGCAUACCCAAAUGUUUGGGCCGUCCGAGCCGAUGUCUCGACGUGCUCGCAAGGUUUCUCUGGGCAAGCGCGGUCGUGACGACGAGGCUGGAGGCCUGACAAAGAAGAUGAAGCGCACUGGUGGCUUCAAUGAGACGGCCAUGUAG